AUGUGCACGUCUUAUACACCGGAUGGCUGUCAGGUCAUUGCCGGAUGGGAGGAGGGUCUAAUUGGUACUUGUGAAGGUGAACGCCGUCGUCUUCGCAUUCCCAGUUCGAUGGGUUACGGAGAAAGGGGCUACGGGAAUCUCAUUCCACCUGACUCGGAUCUUGAAUUCGAUAUCGAAAUGGUUCGUAUUGACAAGAGGAAGAAGGAGUUCUGA